UUAAACUGGUUGUCUCAAAAAUCUACUCUUUAUUUGAUGAAUAGAGAAAUGUAAUGCAUUUCUUAAAAAAAAAAUACAUUAAGUAAUAAUACCAAAAAAAUAACAUGUACACAGACCAAUUCAUACAUUGACAGACAUUAAAAGGAAUACACUAGUAAAUACUAUUGCAGGAUUUCAUUAUAGGACAAGUUACAGAAAAAAAAAACUGUUUUACAUGGUAUUUAACUGAAUUGGACUGUUUUACAUGGUAUUUUAUCUGAACACCUGACCGAUAUUUGUCCUUAAUUAAUAAUCAGUUUGGACUGAGCACUUUCUGCACGUCAUCACUUUAUUUGCCUGCUCUUUAAUCAAUAAAAUAAUAUUUUUUCACAUGGUUUUGAUCAGUGAUUUUUCAUCACCAUUCUUCAAAAUGCAUUUGGAGAUCUACACACCUGGUUGUGUUUGUUUGGACAUCAUUUUUAAGGCGCAGUAAGGACUUCAUUUAAGACUUAAAAAUAAAUACAAACAUUGGACACAAGGAAACAUGUUUUUCUUUCUGGCUUUCUUUCCUUGCAUUUAUUUCAAACAAAUAACUAAUUUUAAUCUUGAUUUUUCAACAGGGAGUGGAUCAAGUAUGUUUGCUGAUAAAUAGAUUAUUUGACGCUGUGAGGACAGUGUAUGGUGAAGUUGACCAAAGAUUGGCUCCUCGAUCCCAAUUUGAAUUUCUUUUCAACAGUCCCCUUGAAAGCACAAGAGGUCGCCCAAGAUACUGCAUAACCAAAGAUCAACUACAGCAACUACGUGCAACAGGAAUGCCAUGGUGUUCAAUUGCAGCUUGCCUCUGCACAAGUGAGCGGACACUGUUUCGCAGAAGGCAGCAAUAUGGAAUGACAGGAGAAAAUUAUGCCAACAUCUCAAAUAGUGAACUGGAUAAUAUUAUAAGGGAAAUCCUGAGAGAAACGCCAAAUGCAGGAGGCAACUAUGUUCAAGGUGGUGUCCUAGCCAGAGGAUUAAGAGUUCAGAGAAGGAGAAUUAGAGAUCGAUUAAAUGCCCUGGACCCAGUUGGCAGAGCCCUUAGAAGACGGCAUACAAUUAGAAGGAGAAUAUAUAAUGUCAGAGGACCUAAUCAUUUAUGGCACAUUGAUUCAAAUCACAAGCUUAUUUCAUGGAGAUUUGUGUACCAUGGAUGCAUUGAUGGUUACAGUAGAAUGAUUAUAUACCUGACAUGCUGCACAAACAAUUGUGCAGCUACUGUUUUGCAUUUCUUUGAAGAGGGUGUAUCAAGGUAUGGGUUACCACUGAGAGUUAGAGGGGAUCGAGGUGGUGAAAACAUUGAUGUUGCUAGAUACAUGAUUAUGAGCCGUGGCAGAAACAGAGGAAGUUUUAUUGCAGGCAGAAGUGUUCACAACCAGAGAAUAGAGCGUCUUUGGGGUGAAGUGAACAGAGUGGUUUCUGAGUUUUAUAGGCAAUUGUUUAUGUACAUGGAAAACAUUGGAAUCUUAGAUUCUACAAAUGAAGUUGAUUUAUGUGCAUUACACUUUGUUUACAUUCCAAGAAUAGGAAAUUCUGUGCAAGAAUUCACUCGCCAGUGGAAUUACCAUCGACUUAGCACUGUUCAGUCAAUGUCUCCCUUAGCAUUAUGGCAUUCUGGAAUACUUUCAGAUCUUACUACAGUAAAUUCACAAGAUCUUCUGAGUGGCAUAGAUAAUUAUGGAAUUGACCAUGCAGGCCCAAUUACAGCAAAUGAGGCAGACACAUACAUUCAUGUUCCACAUAAUACAGUACAAAUGAGCGCUGAAAACCACAGGGAGCUUCUAUCUCUUUGUGAUCCAUUAUCAGAUGAUGACAAUAGUGGUAUUAAUCAUUAUUUAUUUGUUUUGGAUUAUGUGAUAAACAAUGUUAGAUAGUGUUGUAUACAAAUAAUUACGUUCCAACUCAAUUAAUUGCAAAAAUGGUGUUGUUGUAUCACUCCCGAUGCUACAUAUGUGGGUGGAUACUCAUCCCCCUGUCCCUUUUAAGUUGGGUUAGUAGCCUGUCCAGGUCAAAAGCUUCAAUCCCCAUAGUUCCUAGCAAACCUCCUUUGUUUGUCCUCUUUCUUUCUUCUUCCUUUUUCCAAUAAUUCCUUUCUGUUAUCUUCAACUCCAUCUCUGCCACAUCUCUCUCCUCUACCUCUGAUCACUUACAACCAUCUGCUAAUGCUGUGCAUGCAAACCUUUCCUCUAGUCUUAUUCUUGAUUUUUCGCCAGCCUUCAACACCGUGGAUCAUUCUGUCCUCUCUACCACUCUGUCUAAUCUUGGUAUUUCUGGUACACCUUUAUCUUGGAUUCAAUCUUACCUCUGUUAACGUACUACUGUGGUUUCUCUUUUCUCUUCUUGCCCCCCCCCCCCCCUCCUUCAAUGGAACAGGCUCCCCCUUAAUAUUAAGCAGUCUCCCAACCCAAUGACAUUCCGUUCCUCCCUCAAACCCACCUAUUUUCUGUGGCCUACCCUAAUUCUCCUCCGAAUCCUUCCAUACCAUCUUUCCAAUUAGAUUUGUUGUUGUCUUUUUGUUUGUCUAUUGUCCUCUCCUGCCCUUCCCAGCAUUCAUUUAUUUACAUAUUUGUCAGUUUCCUUUGUUUAAUACAAUUUUCAUUUAUCCUAUACUGUACUGUUACACUUUGUAAAGCACUUUGAUAAAAGCGCUAUAU